AUGUCUGAAUCGUGCUUGUAUGAUGUGGACACCCCGCGCACGGAUUCGGAAACGGAUGGGUUCAACACAUCCGAAGACGAGUUGUCUUAUGCUGCCAUAAAAGCCAAAGUGCAAAAGGCUCACAGAACAACUUCGACCAGUACCAAUGGAGCCAGAUCUCAGCAGCUCAUCAAUAGCCCGAGGCCGCCCUUACCUAAACCCAUCUCAGCCUGCCUCGUCGACCCAUUUGAAACACUGCCCAUUGAGGUCGAUGGGAUCACAAACCAACUCUUGCACUUCUACGGCCAGAACAGCUACUGGCAGACCGCCUACGCCUUAUCUCCCAAGAUAAAACCCUCCAUCAAGGGGUCCUGGGAGUAUCAGGCGGGCGCAUGCCUGACUCAUUUCCACAUAUUGAUGGCUCGUUCAGCCCUGCAUCAACUGCGCAUGAAUGCCAAGUACGCGACGCCGGCCACAAGAAAGGCGUUGGAGUACGCAGCAUUGAAGCACCAGACCAAAGCGAUCACCCUCCUUCGAGAGAACGUGCAACUUGGCUCGAAUGCCGAUCUCAAACUGAUAUUGACUUCGAUCAUCAGCCUUGCGACCUUUGAGCAGCGAUAUGGAGAGCGCGAGAGAGCGGUCCUGCAUUUUAGAACGGGGAGGGAUAUAAUUCGCCAGAUUGGCCUGCAGGAUGGGCUUCAUGAUCGAUUGAGAGAGGAACAGGCGCUUUGGUUCGAGGGGGUCUAUCGCGACCCCGAGGCGAGCUGGAUGUGGGGGCAGGAAGACGCGAAUGUGCGAUUUGGAUGGCUAAAAUCUCUCCUGAAAGAUGUCGAUCGGAUUUGGAGGGAUAGGCAGUUGUUGCAGUUGAAGGACAAGGGCCCGUAUGUUGUGGAGGAUAUGAGACUGCACGAGUUCCUGUUUCGGGAGACAACUGGGAAGAGUGUGAGUGUGUAUGGCGACAUUGACGAGUUUAUCGCGCAGCAGCGGUGCGUUUUGAUUCUCAUGUCGGUCAUUUGUGGAGUACAUGGAGUAUUGGAAACGCAAGAUCACUUGAAAGUGGUGUCCAAGACGAUGGCACUGAACACCGCGAUUCAAGCAUACGUCGAUUUCAUCGAAGGUUUGUUGGCUGAGCAUGAUCUAGGCGAAGAACAAGCGGUGGCCGACUUGCUCUGGAUGAUGUGCCAGAACUAUCGAGACGCAAAGCCGCGUCUGGUGAAUGCCGGAACUAUGACGGUGAGAGAAUCUUUGCAAAGACUGGACCUGCGGGAUUGUCACUGGCGUGCGAGCGGGAUCGCCAAUGUGGUCAAGUAUCUUCCUGGGAGUCGACAGCAGAGUUUGAGGAAUAUGCUUCUCGCCUUCCUCAAUGGCAAGCCUUAUUCGGGGAAGGUCAAGUUUAAUGAAUUCGAGUUCAGCUAUGCCGGGGUGUGA